AUGUUGUCUUCAUUUACUAAACAAACUUCUAAAUUGUUUUUAAACAACAGUACCACUUUGGCUACUUCCGCUUUUAUUCGUCACGCUUCUACCAAAAUGACAGUUAGAGAUGCUUUAAACAGUGCAUUGGCUGAAGAAAUGGAUCGUGACGAUGAUGUGUUCCUUAUCGGUGAAGAAGUUGCUCAGUACAAUGGUGCCUACAAGGUUAGUCGUGGUUUACUAGAUAGAUUUGGUGAACGUUCUGUUGUUGAUACCCCUAUUACUGAGAUGGGGUUUACUGGUUUGGCUGUCGGUGCCGCCUUGAAAGGCUUGAAGCCAAUUGUUGAAUUUAUGUCUUUUAAUUUUUCCAUGCAGGCCUUGGAUCAAGUUAUCAACUCUGCUGCCAAGACCCAUUACAUGUCUGGUGGUACGCAACCUUGCCAAAUUGUUUUCAGAGGUCCAAAUGGUGCUGCUGUAGGUGUGGGUGCUCAGCACUCUCAAGAUUUUACUGCUUGGUACGGUUCUGUUCCAGGUAUGAAGGUUUUAACUCCUUACAGUGCUGAAGAUGCUAGAGGUUUGUUGAAGGCCGCUAUUAGAGACCCAAAUCCAGUUGUCUUUUUGGAAAACGAAUUGCUAUAUGGUGAAAGUUUCGAAGUUUCGGAGGAAGCCUUGGAUCCAGAUUUCACCUUACCAUAUUUGUCCAAGAUUGAAAGAGAGGGUUCUGAUAUUUCCAUCGUCACUUACACAAGAAACACUCAGUUUGCCUUGCAAGCCGCUGAAAUUUUGGAUAAGCAAUAUGGUGUUGCUGCAGAGGUUAUCAACUUGCGUUCUAUUAGACCAUUGGAUGUUGAUGCCAUCAUCAAGACUGUUAAGAAAACUAACCAUUUGAUUACAGUUGAAUCUACUUUCCCAAGUUUUGGUGUUGGUUCUGAAAUUAUUGCUCAAGUUAUGGAAUCUGAAGCUUUUGAUUAUUUAGACGCGCCAGUUCAAAGAGUUACUGGUGCUGACGUUCCAACUCCAUAUGCCAAAGAAUUGGAAGAUUUUGCUUUCCCAGAUCCAGACACUAUUGUUAGGGCUGCUAAGGAAGUUUUAUCUAUUGAAUAA